AUGCAAAUGCAGAUUACACGUUUCUUCAUUCUGCAUUGUGUUGACACGCCGUUAGUGAUGUCUCUGAGUUGUCUUGAUGAUAGUCGUUGGCUGUCUGUUAUACUUCCUGAUGCAACUGACGCGCAACCUACUCCGAUUUCGCUUAUAUUAGAUCCUUUAGCCAAUGAACACUAUCAAUUGUUAUUAGGAGAACUUUCGAACAUCAAAAUGGUUAGUGGUCAUGGUCUCUUCCAAUUAGGCUCCAGAUGGAUACUGUAUAUUGAUAUUGUGGGAGUUGUUCGCACUGUCGAUGAGCGUGAAAAGUUUUGUAUUGUUGAUUUGGAUGAUGGUACCGGCUGUCUAACGUGUACUAUUUGGCAUCGUGAUUGGUUCCAUAAUACUUAUAAUCACUUGACGAGUGGGAAGUAUUCUUUUGAUGUCGAACAAAACAAUCUGUGUGAACAAAUUGUUAAACUAUCAUAUAAGUCACAACCCGUUUCAUCAUCGUCAUCACACCGGCAUUCAUCUGGUCUGAAAGUGGGCCAAACUUUGCAACUAAGCGGUCGCUUGACCUGUUUUCGUGGGAAAUUGAAACUGAAUGCCUACUUUUGUCGUCUAGUCAAAGAUGAAGGUGAAUUGUUAAAUCAAAUCAUUCACAGAUAUCAUUUACAUCAAGAAAUCUAUUCACAACCUUACGAUCCUGAAACUGUUGCAAAAAAUGUCAAAAAAUCUCAUGUGACUAAUUUGGCGAAUUCACUUGUUACAGAAACAUGUAGAAUUCUUGUGCAAGAUAAUAUUCGAUUGUUUACCAAACUGGAUUUAUGUUUACAUCCGAAAAUAGUUGAGUCUAUCACAGAAAAUUGGACGUCCUUAGCUGUGGCGUAUGAUGAGACUGAAGCGGACUAUCUUCGACAAAGUUUUAUUGAAAGCGAAGAGAAAGAAGAAGAAUCUUCAGUUAAAAUGCGAAGUUUAAACCCGAAACAGCUACAACUUAUAGUUCAUAGCCUGAUUGAUCGAUUAUUAAUUGAAGGCUGGAUUUUCCCAUCGAAUCAGUCUAUCUGUGGAAUGCAAACAUAUCAUGUCGUGAAGGAGAACUGGAGAUUAUUGGACGUUGUUUAUAAUGUCGUCCGGUCUCAAGGUGCUGAUAAAGAGUUAUCACUACACUCCAUACUGCAUAAUAUUCGACAAUGCUCAAAUCCUAAUCAUAUCCAAUUAAAACGUAUCACCUUGAAUGCAAUGAAACAUUUAUUGAAUCAGUUGGAAUGCGAAAGUCGAAUAUAUCAAAGUAAUCCGGGUUAUUAUAAAGUUGCUUAA